AAUAUUCUGUAAAUAAAUAAAAUAUUAAAAUUUACAUUUCAUUAUACAGUUAUAACGCCAAGCGACGAAGAAACAAAGAAUGGCACAAGUGCAGCAACAGUCUCAGUUGUUUCGUCGCAGAAGACAGUUGCCAAAAUUAUGGAUUCGCAAAUACUAGAACCAAUAAUAACGACUACAAAUGGAAAAGUGAAAGGUCAGCUGCGUGAAGGUAUCUACGGCGACACCUACUACAGUUUCGAUGGUAUACCCUACGCGAAGCCACCACUUGGUGAGUUACGCUUUAAAUCACCACAACCGGUCGAGCCAUGGUUUGGUGUACGCGACUGUACCAAAUGUCCGCCUAAAUGUAUGCAGAGUAAUCGUUAUAGUGGCGCGGUUGAAGGCGUUGAGGAUUGCCUGUAUUUGAAUGUGUUUGCGAAGAAGUUGCAUUCAGUAAAGCCCUUACCGGUCUUAGUUUAUUUGAUUGGUGGACGCUUUACAACUGGAGACGCCUCGCGGACUUGCUGGGGUCCUGAUUACUUUAUGAUGAAAGACGUAAUAGUUAUAAGUAUUGGAUUUCGUUUGGGUGCUUUAGGUUUCCUCAGUUUUCCGGAACCCGAACUUCAGGUACCCGGUAAUGCUGGCCUCAAAGAUAUGCUCUUGGCAUUGAAGUGGAUCAAGGAGAAUUGUCAAUACUUCAAUGGCGAUCGCGAUAAUAUAACACUAUUUGGACACAGCUCCGGUAGCGCAACAGCACAUCUACUAAUGUAUUUACCGCAAUGUGAGAAUCUCUUUCACAAAGUCAUACUAAUGUCCGGCAUGCAAAUGCAUUUACGCCGUAUUCCCCAGCUUGAGUACCGUUUCGCCAAACACUUGGGUUACAAGGGUAAGGAGAAUAAUAGUGAAAUUCUCGCCUAUCUCAAAGCAUUGCCUGCCGAACGUCUUUGCAAUCUACAAAUUUGGUCGCCAGAAGAACUGGAGCAAGGCAAUUUCUUUGUAUUCUCUCUUACACGCGAAAAUGAUUGUUCGCCAGAUGCUUUACUCACUGAAGAUCCACUUGACAUGUUUGCCAAUAAGCAAGCUUGGUGUAACGGUAUACCUGUGGUAUUAGGUGGCAACUCCUUUGAGUCCCUAAUGCAUUACAACUACUUCACUAAGCAGCCACAGUUAUAUAAAACACUUAAAAAGCAUCCCGAGUACUUGCUCUCACAUGAGGUGAGAGAGAAAUGUGAUUUGCGCUCCCAACAACAGCUAGCAAUUAAGCUUAUCCAUUUGCAUUUAGGAAUGAAGGUGCUGGAUAUGGAGCAAUCGCUUGAUGUUAUGCGUCUGUCGUCAUAUGACUUUAUGUAUCACCCUAUACAUCGUUAUCUUCAAACACGUGUACAUAAUGCUCAGGCACCUACAUACCUCUAUCGCUUCGAUUUCGAUUCAACAUACUUCAACUUGUAUCGGAUAAAACAUUGUGGGCGUGAAGUGCGUGGCGUUUCGCAUGUCGACGAACUUUCCUAUCUUUUCCUAAUGCCAGAUUCUUUUAAGCUGAAGCGUGAUUCAAAGGAGUUUAGAAUUAUUGAGUGCAUGGUGGAUUGGAUUUCAGCAUUUGCACUGAAUUCGAAUCCCAAUUGUGAAAAGUUGAAGAGUAUACUUUGGGAACCGCUGGCUCAGGAUGGCGCACGCUAUUGUCUCAAUAUCAGCAAUGAACUUAGAUUUGUGGAAUGGCCAGAGAACGAAAAAUGUGACUUGUGGGAUCAAUAUUAUGAAGAGGCGGGCAUAAGAACGUUUUACGUUGACGAAUAUAUCAAACAGCCGAUAAUAUCGACCACACACGGUCAAGUGCGUGGUCAAUUGCGUGAUACAGUUUAUGGUGAUCAGUAUUAUUGCUUCGAUGGUAUACCCUAUGCCAAGCCACCAUUGGGAGAGUUACGUUUCAAGUCACCACAGCCAGCUGAUCCGUGGAAGGGUGUGCGCGAUUGUACUGAAGUUGCGCCUAAAUGUCUACAAUAUAAUGGUUAUACCGAUCGCAUUGAAGGUUCCGAAGAUUGUUUAUAUCUGAAUAUUUAUGCCAAAAAGCUUGAGUCGGAAAGACGCCUUCCUGUCAUGGUUUAUAUACAUGGCGGUGGUUUUACAACUGGCAGUGCGUCUCGUCAUAUCUGGGGACCAGACUACUUUAUGAUGCGAGAUGUGAUUUUCGUGACGAUUGGACAUCGUACGGGAGCGCUGGGUUUCCUCAGUUUUCCGGAACCGGAACUGCAAGUUGCCGGGAAUGCUGGACUCAAAGAUAUUGUAGAAGCAUUAAAAUGGCUUAAAGCAAAUUAUCAAAAUUUUAACGGCGAUCCAGAUAAUAUUACGCUCUUUGGACACAGUUCGGGAAGUUGCGCAACGCAUAUACUUAUGAUGACACCACAAUGUGAGGGGCUAUUUCACAAAGCCAUACUCAUGUCCGGUCUAGUAAUACACAUUCGAGAAAUGCCGAAUAUACACCUACGUUUUGCUAGACAUCUUGGUUAUGAGGGGUCCGAAGAAAGCGCUAGCAUAUUAAAGUAUCUGCGCACACUUGAAGCUGAAAAGUUAGCCAACGUAAAUUUUCUAACACAGGAAGAAAAUGAUCGGAACUUAUUCUAUGCAUUUUGUCCCACGAUAGAAAAUGCCAACACACCGGACGCUAUAAUUACGAAAGAUCCAUUCAUCGCAUUUGAUGAGACUACAGCUUGGUCUCAUAAAAUGCCGUUAAUGUUGGGCGGCACCUCUUCGGAGUCGCUCCUGAGUUAUAAGUUCUACACAAAAUCCCCGGAGUUGUAUCAAAUAUUGAAUGCACAUCCAGAAUAUUUACUUCAAUAUGAAAUCAAGCAAAAAUACGAUCUACCAACACAGAAAGCACUGGCAAAUAAAAUCAUCGCAUUACAUUUGGGAAAGAAAAAGCUAGCAAUAGAGCAUGCACUAGACGUGAUAAACUUAGUCUCGUAUGACUAUUAUUACCACCCCAUGCAUCGGUAUAUGUGUGCUCGACUUCGACGCGCAACAGCACCCACAUAUCUCUACCGCUUCGAUUUUGAUUCGCCCGAUUUCAAUUUGUAUCGCAUUAAGAAGUGUGGUCGUGGUGUACGCGGCGUAGCGCAUGUGGAUGAUCUUUCCUAUAUAUUUUAUAUGCCGGAGUCAUUUAAGUUAGCGCGUGAUUCUGAAGAGUUCCACACAAUCGAAUCUAUGAUAGAUUUAUUCACUACUUUUGCAGCCAAUUCGAAUCCCAAUGUAGAACGCAUGAAACCAACUGUUUGGGAACCGCUGUCUGCAGUUGGUGAACGCAAAUGUUUGAAUAUCUCUAAUGAAAUUCGUUUUGUGAAGUGGCCUGAAUUGGAGACAUGUAAACUGCAUGAUGAGUACUUCAAGGAGGCGGGUCUGAAAUUAUUUUGAAUAUAAAAACAUGUUUGAUGCCUAUCUAUGUAUAUUAUAUGUCAAUGUAUAUUAAAAUACUUGCUUAGCGACUGA